GUCUGACCCGGAUUCAUAACAACAGAUAACAACAAGCUAACUGGGAUUCAGCAGCUACUUUUACGGUUAUUUUUUACCGGUUACGGUCCGUUUACCGCAGCGGGGCGUUUUACCCGCGGCGGAACGAUACGGUAGUCGGACAGCUGUCGUAGCCAAAGCACCGGGAACCGAAAUGAGGACGAUCACUCCGCGUUCAGGCUAACCGCCGUUACCGUUAGCAGUAGCUAAUGCUAGCUAGUCGCUAGCCUGCGGAAGCACACAUACACACAAUCAACAACAACAACAACAACAACAGCGGGCCUGUCAACAGCAGCUGACCCCCUGUGUGGAGGCGCCAUGGGGAACCAGCUGGCGGGCAUCGCCCCCUCCCAGAUCCUGUCCGUGGACAGCUACUUCUCCGACAUCCACGACCACGAGUACGACAAGAGCCUGGGCAGCACGCGCUUCUUCAAGGUGGCCCGGGCCAAGCACCGCGAGGGCCUGGUGGUGGUCAAGGUCUUCGCCAUCCAGGACCCGUCGCUGCCGCUGACCAGCUACAAGCAGGAGCUGGAGGAGCUGAAGAUCCGCCUGCACUCGUGCCAGAACUGCCUGCCGUUCCAGAAGGCCUCGCUGACGGAGAAGGCGGCCAUCCUGUUCCGCCAGUACGUCCGCGACAACCUGUACGACCGCAUCAGCACGCGGCCCUUCCUCAACAACGUGGAGAAGCGCUGGCUGGCCUUCCAGGUCCUCAACGCCGUGGACCAGGCGCACCGGGCCGGCGUGCGCCACGGCGACAUCAAGACGGAGAACGUGAUGGUGACCAGCUGGAACUGGGUGCUGCUCACCGACUUCGCCAGCUUCAAGCCCACGUACCUGCCGGAGGACAACCCCGCCGACUUCAACUACUUCUUCGACACGUCGCGGCGGCGGACGUGCUACAUCGCGCCGGAGAGGUUCGUGGACGGCAGCAUGUUCACCACGGAGAGCGACCAGAACACGCCGCUGGUGGACCUGAGCAGCAACAACCAGCGGGGCCGGGGGGAGCUCAGACAGGCCAUGGACAUCUUCUCCGCAGGCUGUGUGAUCGCCGAGCUCUUCACCGAGGGCGUCCCCCUCUUCGACCUGUCCCAGCUGCUGGCGUAUCAAGGACACGUCCAGACGGAGCACGUCCUCCUGAAGAUCGAGGACCGCAGCGUCCGAGAGCUGGUGGCCCAGAUGGUGCAGCGGGAGCCGGAGCGGCGUCUGACGGCGGAGGAGUACCUGAAGCAGCAGCGGGGGAAGGCCUUCCCCGACAUCUUCUACACCUUCCUGCAGCCGUACAUGGCCCAGUUCGCCAAGGAGACCUUCCAGUCGGCCGACGAGCGCGUGCUCGUCAUCCGCAAAGACCUGGACAACAUCCUGCACAACCUGCGGGGGG